AUUCCUAGACUUAGGCCCCGUUUCCAGGCCUCUAAAGGGUGAAUUGGUUUGGUUUUGUGAGUCGCAGAGGCCCGGAGGCCUCCUGCUUGAGUGGCUCGAUGUCUGGGAGGCUCUGCUUCCUCGGGAUGGAGUGAUAGGCCUGGGGGAGGAAGAUGUCUGGGGAGCAGAAUUACAGUUGCCUAGUUUCACCUCAGGCUGAGAAGCACAGGCGAGCAAGGAACUGGACUGACACCGAAAUGAGGGCGCUGGUGUACGUGUGGGAUGAAUUUGUCACUGAGCUCAAAAAUGCAAAGAGGAAUGCCAAGAUCUAUGAGAAAAUGGCCAAAAGGUUUUUUGAACUUACUGGGGAGCAUCGCCACAGAGAAGAGAUUAAAAUGAAAAUUACCAACAUGACCUUCCAGUACAGGAAGCUGAAGUGCACAACUGAUGGCAGAACAACCCCGCCAGACUGGCCCUACUAUCAACCAAUCGAUAAAAUCCUGUCCAAAGUGUCAGACUCCACAACAACAAACAAGUUUGACAUUCUCCAGUCUGCACCUUCCACCUCCCAGACAGAAGCCUCUCCAUCACUACCUCCCAGCUCUCCGCCAUUCUUUCUACCAGAAUGCAUGGGCUCAUCUGAAGAAAACCAGAGGCGUGAUGAAGACGAAGGCUCUGUCAGUUCUGUUAGUUUCCACUCCGUUGAGGCCGGCUCUGAAUCCAUGCCUAACAAACGAAGAAAAUUUUUCACAGGCAGCCUGAAGAAAAAGAAACUGAAGCUAAUGGAAGCCAUGCUGAUAGAGCAGAAGAAAGUAAGCAGGGCAUUAGAAGAAACCUGCAGGGAGGUACGAAGGGUCAUGCAUCAGCAGAACUUUCUACAGGUGCAGAGUCUUCAGCUUCAAGAACGAAUGAUGAACCUACUGGAGAAAAUGAUCUCUCCUGCACCUCCACACAACUGGCCUCAGAGGUCAUAGCAAAUGGGUAAACUUUGAAUGGCUAGGCCACAGACCUCUUUAGAGGACUCGCUGGUAGCACUACACUGUGUUCAAUUGACAAGUGUGCACCAAUAUCACUUUUUAGUGUGGACUAUAAUGAAAAUGCCGUGAUUCUUAGCAUAUGUUACCUGUUUCAGAUAUCGUAAUGUGUAGUUUAAAGAACCUAAUGAAUCAUUAAGUACAUCCUGCUCCGUUUAAACUUUGUUUACUUUAAAUCCAUACUUUAUUUUGACUGGAUUUUUCAAAUUAGGGUUUGGAGUACAUUUCCAUCUUGAAAGUGAGCUUCAUGCUCAGUCAAAUCAGUCAAAGUGCAGCUUGCUAGGUUAAAAGGUUUGUUAUAUUGCUCUGUUUUCUUAUAUUCAGGGAGAACAGGGAAGGCAUCCAUUAUCUGCAUGCUGCUGUGUUUAUUACAGCAGCUGCCACUGGCCUAUCUGUCCCAUAUAUACUAGUGGAUAACCAGAGCUGGGAACUGUGCCAUAUGUUUGUAGUACUGAACAAAGACAAUUUCACAAAAUGAAUAAUGGACAAGCAGUUUAAGACGACUGCCCCAGUCACUGCCACAAUUCAAGACACAAGCGGAAAUCUUAAGAAAUCUGUGAGGCAUCAGUUACUGCAAGGAGCUGCUCAGAUGAGUUCCUGUCACAGAGGGCCGUGUGGUAUGCCAUUAGAGAGGAGGACCCUGGCAGUUUCUCUUAGAAAUCUGUGAUCCAGGCUACUUUGAAAUUUUAAAGAAAACGAAAUGAAACUGAUAUUCCAGGCAAUAGACCUGCUGGAGAUCUUUUAAAAGUACUGUAUUAAUAGAAAUAUCAUUGUUUUUGUAGUCCUAGUUACAUGCUCCUCCUGUUAACAUUACAACUUAAUAAUGUACUACACAGGUUCAGGGCCUGUUUUAAGUGUGCCAUCCAUUUCGUUUACCAAGGUUUAUGUAGCAACGACAAGGAAGAUGAAAGGUCUAUUCUGUGUUUCUGUACAGCUUUAUUUAAAUAUUGCUGCUAUCUUUUUAAUGCACUGUGAUUAGUAUUAUCAUGGAUAAAGCUUCUGUAUCAAGCGUGGUCAUCUGAAGUAUUCUUACAUUAUGGGACAGGACAUGGUCUCUCCACAAGCAGGCUCUAGUCCUUCUGAUUAAUCCUGUAACUGCUCAUCUUGCAUGGUGCCACUCACCGGCAGAGUGAAAUUUCUCGCUUUUGCUCCUACAUCCCCAUGUGCAGCUUUGCUUGAUUGACAUCUGUUUAUGACUGAAUGCAAGUGUGGAUGCUUUGUUUGCCCAGUGAUGGACUCCUGCCACAUGUAAGUUGGUCUCUGCCAGUCACCAGUGUUGCUAGGAAAGGCUCCAGCCCUUCUUCAGCCCUGAAAUGUACUAAGGGGGUUUAAAGAUGGACAGAUGAACUUCCAGGUUCUGCAUUCCCCUUUCUUCUUUUUUGUCUUAGUUUACAAUGAUUGGACCCAGGGGUUCAUUUUCUCUUAUAGUAAGGGGUGAUCAGUUAAUUGUAUUGUAUUUUUAAUAGUAAUAACGAGCACUAUAUUACUACAUGAAGUUUUCAUGAGUUUAACGUACUAUUAUGGCUGCACCACACUGCUUUACAUCUUUUGGAUUACAUAGUCAUAAUGCACUAUUAGACAGGGACGUGUGGUCAGGGGAGGCAGGUGGGGGAAAAGUAAAAAAAA